AUGUGUGGCAUACUUGCUGUCCUUGGUUGCUCUGAUUCAUCUCAAGCCAAGAGGGUCCGCGUCCUAGAGCUUUCUCGCAGAUUGAAGCACCGUGGUCCUGACUGGAGUGGGAUUCACCAAUAUGGUGAUUCCUAUUUGGCUCAUCAACGGUUAGCCAUAGUUGAUCCAGCCUCUGGUGAUCAACCUCUCUUCAAUGAAGACAAAACUGUUGCUGUUACGGUGAACGGAGAGAUCUACAAUCAUGAAGAACUCAGGAAACAAUUGCCUAAUCACACGUUCCGUACAGGAAGUGACUGUGAUGUUAUUGCUCACCUGUAUGAAGAGCACGGAGAAAACUUUGUGGACAUGCUUGAUGGUAUAUUUUCGUUUGUUCUGUUGGAUACCCGUGACAACAGUUUUUUAGUGGCACGGGAUGCAAUUGGGGUCACUUCCUUAUACAUUGGUUGGGGUCUAGAUGGCUCGGUCUGGAUUUCAUCAGAAUUGAAGGGGCUGAAUGAUGAUUGUGAACAUUUUGAGUCUUUUCCACCUGGUCACUUGUACUCUAGCAAAGAGAGAGCGUUCCGUAGAUGGUACAAUCCUCCAUGGUUCUCUGAGGCUAUUCCUUCAGCCCCUUAUGACCCUCUAGCUUUGAGACACGCCUUUGAGAAGGCUGUGAUCAAAAGGUUGAUGACUGAUGUGCCUUUUGGUGUUUUACUCUCUGGAGGUUUGGACUCUUCAUUGGUUGCAGCUGUCACGGCUCGCUACCUGGAAGGCACAAAUGCAGCCAAGCAAUGGGGAACAAAAUUACACUCUUUCUGUGUAGGACUUGAGGGUGCACCAGACCUAAAGGCUGCAAAAGAGGUAGCAGAUUACAUAGGAACUGUCCACCACGAAUUUCACUAUACUGUUCAGGAUGGCAUAGAUGCCAUUGAAGAUGUGAUCUACCACAUUGAAACAUAUGACGUGACAACAAUUAGAGCAAGCAUUCCCAUGUUUCUUAUGUCUCGAAAGAUUAAGUCACUAGGAGUCAAGUGGGUUAUCUCUGGAGAAGGAUCUGACGAGAUCUUCGGAGGGUAUUUAUAUUUCCACAAAGCACCCAACAAAGAAGAGUUUCACGAAGAAACAUGCCGCAAGAUUAAAGCACUCCACAAAUAUGAUUGUUUGCGAGCCAAUAAAUCGACUUUUGCCUGGGGUCUAGAAGCCAGAGUACCAUUUUUGGACAAGGAGUUUAUCAGAGUUGCCAUGAACAUUGAUCCUGAGUGUAAAAUGAUAAAAAAAGAAGAAGGGAGAAUUGAGAAAUGGGUACUGAGGAGGGCUUUUGAUGACGAAGAGCAUCCUUAUCUGCCAAAGCAUAUUUUAUAUAGACAGAAAGAACAAUUCAGUGAUGGAGUUGGCUAUGGUUGGAUUGAUGGCCUUAAAGCUCAUGCUGAGAAACAUGUGACUGAUAAAAUGAUGAUCAAUGCUGCUAACAUUUUCCCCUUCAACACCCCAACAACCAAAGAAGCAUACUACUAUAGAAUGAUAUUUGAGAGGUUCUUCCCUCAGAACUCAGCUAGGCUGACUGUUCCUGGAGGACCAAGUGUUGCAUGUAGCACAGCAAAAGCUGUUGAGUGGGAUGCUGCCUGGUCUAACAACCUUGAUCCAUCUGGUAGAGCAGCACUUGGAGUGCAUGCAUCAUCUUAUGGUAACCAGGUCAAAGCUGUAGAACCAGAGAAGAUCAUACCCAAGAUGGAAGUUUCUCCAUUAGGAGUUGCCAUAUAG